AUGGCUUUCUCUCAGGUGCUCGACUUUGAGCAUCUGCGGGGACGGAGACGGAUGGCCUUGACAGGCCUCGCCUGUUUCUCCCUGGUCCUGCUCGUCUUUUCUGCUGCUACGCUGCGGUUCUCUUCUCCAGGCUCCGUUGCUCCUCGGCCACACCUGCACGGCAAACGUGGUGUAGACGUCAGUCCUGCUCAACCCUCGGACAACACCCAAGAUACCAACGAUACCAACCGCCUGGGAAUCCCGGGGCUCCCCGUCAUACCUGGUGUUCUGUCUGCGGUUUUCGGAUCGAACCCUGCCCCUACCACGCUGGCUACCGUUCCAUUACCCACCACCGUGCCGCAGGUUAUCCCUCCAGAUGUAGUUCCUGUGCCGACCGAUGCAGCUUCGCCAGCUUCGCCAGGCAGUUCUCCUGCCUCUGUUGGCCUCCUCGGAGGUCUUCUAGGCUCUCUUACACAGGUUGUCAACAAUGUCAUUGGGCCAGAUGGCAUUCUUGGCAAAGCCAAGGAUGCUGUCGCCGACAUUAUAGAUCUCCCAUCUGAUCUGCCGCUCAUCUCGGAUGGCAAUCUUGUCAAUAAUCUGAUAAACGAAGCUGCAGAAGCUUUGCAGAGCGCCGCUCCCGUCGCUGUCGUCGAUGCCGUUCUAGGCCAAGUGACAGCAAUCGCUGCCGAUGCGGCUGACCAACUCAACAGUGUUGUCGGCGGUGUUGCUGAUGCUGUCGGUGACGGCCUUCUGGCACCUUUGCCACUCCCUGACAUCCACGGUGUCCUUGAUGAGGCCACGAAGGUUCUGGGAGCCGUCAUCACCGCUGUCGAAAGCGCCGUUACUGGUGUCACUGAUGUCGUCGGCGAUGUCCUUCCAGUCGAUCUGCCUCCGUUGGAUCUCACCAACAUUCUCGACAGCGCCAAUGAUCUGAUCGGCGGCGUGGUCAACCAAGCGGAGAAUUUGUUCUGUCCAGUCGAGUCGAUCCUUGACAACGGUCUUGUCACAACCUUGCUGGGUCCCUGUGGCGGCAAUCAGAAUGCACCCGCGGCCUCGUCUACGCUGCCCCCUGUUGCGACACUGCCAGUAUCACUCACACUUGGGAGUGUGGUCCAGCCUUCAACCACCAGCGUCAUCGUCACAACACUGGAUGUGACCGUGAAGCCCUCAGUGGCACUUCCAGCCUUCUCUUCGGCUUCACUUGCAUCGUUGUCUUCCAGCUUGGCCAGUCUGAGCGCUGCCCUGUCGUCCUUUGUGUCUGCCCCCAAGAGCUUAACGCCCGUCCUGGUGCUUCCCAGCUCGACCCAGAUUAUUCCCACGGACGUUCCAGCUUCGUCUAGUGGACAGGGUCCUGCUGCCUCAGAGCCCAGCGUGCUCCCUCAACAAGCUUCGCCUUCGAUGCCAUCCGUUCCGAUUGUUAACUCUGCUCCUGGCGCCGGCGGGGGGACUGUUUCUGCAUCAAACACGAUCCUACCGAUCCCGCUGCCCUCAUCUGCUCUUUCGGAGUUGUCAAAGCAGCCAGCCAACCUGCCGAUUCUUCCCACGAUGGCGUCAGACGCCAGCCCAGCUCUUCCCUACGGUGGGACCGUAACUCAAGUACAGACCACCACCGUCAUCAGCGUUGUCACUUCAUGUGACCAACAAUCCCUUCCCACGAAUCCACUGGCCGGUCCCUGCCCUGGCAAAGGGUAUUCUUGUGACUCUUGCCCGGAUGGCUGGUUCUGCCCGCCUCAGCAGACACCGGCCCGAUCCGCACCCUGUGGUUAUGGCUGGCCAUGCCCUGACUGCCCUGGGGGAUGGUUCUGUGUUCCAGCACCCUCUGCGGCCGCACAGCCAAAUGCGAUGUGUCCUGGCCAUGGCAUGCCACCACUGGAAGGCGCAUCUGGCUUCAUGUCUCUAAAUCAUCCCAUGAUUACGGCUACUGUCACUGUCACGGCAUCUCCGCCACCGCCGCCUCCUGCACCUCCCAGGCCGUCCAUCAAUGUCAACGGAUGGAAUUAUGCAGGGUGCUAUCUUGAUCGCGAGGCACGCGCUCUCAAGGGUGACAAUCAAUUGACCACCGGGCCCGAGGGAAUGUCUAACGCCAUGUGUAUUGACUUUUGCAAUGCGCGAGGCUUUAGCGUCUCCGGCACGGAAUACGGCUCUCAGUGUUUCUGUGGUAAUGCACUGGUCGACUCUUGGCUCAUCGACGAUAGCAAAUGCAACAUGACCUGCUCUGGAGACAGCAACGACAUCUGUGGCGGUCCUUGGGCUCUUGCCAUCUACGGCCCGACUGGGCAGCCAGCCAUGUCGCAAGGACCGAUCCUGGCGUUCACCCUGACAGAGCCACCACCGGGUGUAGCCGAGACAAGCCUCCAUACAGGCGGGAUGCGUCAGACUGUGAUGCAGGUGACAACCCCAAUCUUUGUCUUCCCUGCACCUGCGCCAGUGUCAUCAACCCCCGGAUCUUGCAUGACUUCACCGCCACAGCUUCCCCCUGGUGACGCCUCCGCCGUCGUGUCGUCUCUUUCGUCGGUCAUAACCUCUGUUCAGCAGGAGGCUAGCUCUAUUGUCUCCUCAGAGCUUGACAAGGCCAGCAGUAUCGUCCAGACUGUCGAGUCCAUCGUGAACUCGGAUUUGUCCAUCAUCGCGAGCCACAUCAGCUCCAUACAGACAGCUGCACCAAGCGCGCUGGGCGGCCAACCUCCGGUCCCAAACCCAUUCACGAUUCCCAACGGACAAGGCGGUCCCGGUCCUGUGAUCCCCAGUGGUCUUGGGAGCGCCCCAGCUCCGAGUAACGCACAACCUACUCCAGGCAAUCUGCCCUCACCGCCAUCGGGUGCUGGAGGUCCUCCUGGAUCGCCGCCAAAUGGUGGCGGUGUUCCGCCCCCUACCCCGAAUCCCUCUCCUUCGCCGGCAAAUCUUCCUCCUCCGGGUCUGCCGAAUCCCUCAAACCUCCCUGGUCAGCCCAAUGCUGGAAACCCUCCGGGAAGUCCGAGUACUGGCACACCUCCGGCAUCUCCAAGCUCGCCAGAAGGGGGCAGCGUUCCAAACCUUCCUCAACCUCCCGCAGGGCCUCCUUCCACUGUGCCCAAUGGGGGCGCGAACCCACCCGGCGUACCUGGAAACCCCGGGAACCCAGGCAAUCCAGCUAGCCCUGGGAAUCCAGGCAAUCCUGCCAGCCCUGGGAAUCCAGGUUCACCGGGCGGAGGAGAGACCCCUCCCGGCUCGCCCAACGGGAGCGGCAAUCCUCCACCCAGUCCACCUGCUGUCGGUCCUCCCGGCUCACCGACAACUCCACCAAAUGCUGGCGGCAAUCCUCCAGCUCCUCCCGCAUCACCACCAGCAACUGGUCCAGGCGGCCCGGGUGGCGGUAAUCCUCCUCCUGUACCCUCUCAGCCUGGCAUAGCAAGUGGAAGUGCUGCACCUGUUGCCCCGCCACCACCUCCCGGACCAAACUCACCAACGAACCCAGGUGGCAACGUUCCUCCUCCGGGAGAGCCAGCUCCACCUUCAGCUCCUGGUCAAGGUCCGCCAAACGGAGCAAUCCCGCCCGCACAGUCUCCUCCAGCCUCACCUAAGACUAUAGGCCCUCCAGUGGCACCAAAUGGUGGCAGUCUUGGACCGAGCCAGCCAGCCGCACCGCCAGCGCCCGCAAACACGGGCCCGGCCGCACCACCGUCUAGUCCACCAGCUCCGGCCACGCCGCCAUCUGGUCCGAGUCCUGCUGGCCCACCGGCGGCACCUCCUCCAUCACAGCAAACCUUCCCGCCAGACUACGGCAAGCCGCCCAGCCAUCGCCGUUGGUUCGACUGGGCUCAUAGUGGAUUCCACCGCAGGCGAAUGGCCACUGCGGGACAGCGUCGUUGA